UGUAAUGUAGCGUCAUAAUAGUUAUAUCGGUAUAAGUGUGAAAAAUUAUGUAUUGCCUAGAAUAUUGGUUUUAAAAGAGUUCAAAUAUGCAAUAAUUUGUUUUAAUCAUUAUUAUAAUUGAUGAAAUAGAGAAAAUCGCUUAACAGAACAUAUAAAAUUACUCACAAGGAAAAGCCGCAACUAUAGUGUACAAAUCACGUGUGAUUGUAUAGGUGUGCAGUAGUGGAAGAAGGCGUUGUAUAUUUUCCGUCAGUAGUAAAAAAGCCGUUAAAAUUGUGGAAAAACAGGAGAAAACUCCCAAGCGGAAGAAGAAGGCUGCAGCCAGCAAAAUGUCUGCAGUUUAUUCUCCGCAACCACCCCAACAACCACCGGGUGGUGUUUUACAGCCACCUCAGCAACAAACGCCGAAUUCUAUGCAGCAACAACAACCGCCAGGGGUGGGAGGACCAGGUAUGGGGCCUGGAGGUGGUCCACCUGGCGUUGGAGUUCCCUUAGGCACUGGUGGCCCAAUGCAACGUGGGCCUCCAAUGGGAAACAUUGGUCCUGGGGGACCACCGGGUGGUGGGAGUGGUAUGAUGGGCUCAGGUGGACCACCACCACCAGCACAACGGGGUGGUGUGCCACCACACAAUCCCGCACAAAUACAAAAAAUUUUAGACGAAAACUGUGGAAUAAUUCAAACAAUUCAAGAUUUUCAAAACAUGGGCAAAGCUCAAGAAUGUAUGACUUACCAUAUAGCUCUACAUCGCAAUUUAGUUUAUUUAGCGCAAUUAGCGGAUCCAAGCAUGAAUAUAGCACAGAUAUUGCCGCCACCACAUAUACUUCAAUCACAAGCGGUGCAACAGGGACCUCAUGGAAUGAUGAGUGGUCCACCAAAUCAAAUGGGAGGACCGGCAGGUAUGCCUCCAAUACAACACGGGGAAACUCCUAAUCAACAAUCUGGUGCUGGUCAAAUGCCUUAUUCCAACCAAAAUCAAGGCUCUCAUCCUGGUAUGAACCCCAAUCAACAACAACAACCAGUUCAGCAGGCACCACCAAAUACUGGUGUACAACAACCUAAUCAACAGCAGCAGGGCCCAUACAGAGGCAAUGCGCAAGGACCUGUACCAGGUUCUCAACCAACCGGACAACAACCAGCAGUUCCUCCUGCUGGAGCUAAUCAACAAAGGCCGAACUCUGGUCCGCCAGGGCCACAGCAACAACAGCAGCCACAAGCUCCAAAUCAACAACAACAACAGCAAGUUCCACCACAAUCUCAAUACAGAGGUGGUUACCAACAACAACAGCAACAUCCUCAUUAUCCGGGUUAUCCGCCGCAAUCACAACCACCAUAUCAACCUCAGACAGGUUAUCCCUAUGGCCCCCCUUCACAAAACUAUGCUGGACCACCACCUCCAAACACACAAGGCGGUUAUCACCAUCCAGGAAUGCCAGGCGCAACGUCUAACAAUGCUCCACCCAAUCAGCAUCCUUACCCUAAUACUGCUGCGCAACAGGGACCACCAGGUGGAUAUCCACCACCAACACCAAAUCAACAAGUUCCUCCUGGGCAGCAACCUCCACCACCAUCUCAAAUGUAUGGGCCUCCAGCUGGACAAGGGCCACCACCACCACCAAAUCAGUAUGGGCCACCACAAAAUGCACCUCCAAUGAGCUAUGGUGGAUACGGAGCACCACCACCAAAUAAUUAUGGUCAAGCAGGUAGUGCGCCUCCUGCUGGAUAUGGACCUCCACCAGCUUCUGGAGGGCAAUCACCAUAUCCACCCCAACCACCAUAUCAGCAAAGUGCGCCUGGAUACCCAACCCAACCACCACAACAACCACAAACAAAUCCACAAACAAACAAUGCUCCACAGGGUGGCGUGCCUCCUCCAGGUAGUGGUUAUAGCUCAUCCCCUAGUCCAGGUCAAACACCGCCACCUACAUCCAAUACACAAACACCAUCAAAUGGUCCAAAUGUUGCGCCUCCUAGUGUGCAAUCAACUCCUCCCCCUAACCCUCCAGCUGGCAAUACGACACCCAAUCAACAGCCACCUACAUCGCAACAACAAGCACAAUAUCCAACUCAGCAACCACCUGUUUCAGGACCUCCACAACCACAUGCCGCAGCUCAGCAACAACCAACAUACUCAGCACCACCAACAAGUGCUCAGCAGGCUCCACCAGGUGCAUAUCCUCCACCAGCUCAACCUUAUCAGCAACAAGCUCCAGCAGCAGGUCCUCCUAAUGCAACUGCUCCUCCACCAAAUGGUACGCCACCUAUGCCCAAUCAAUACCAACCACCACCACAGCCCUAUGGUCCACCAGCACCAGGCGGUUAUCCCGGUCACGGCUAUCAUCAAGGCGGUUAUGGGGGUAUGCCACAGGGUCAAUAUCCGCCCUCACAAGGUUAUCAAGGAUAUAGACCUGCAACUGGGCAAAUGCCACCUCCUGUUACAGCACAAGGCCCCCCUACAGGAGCUUACUACUACGGUAACCAGCCACCACAGUAAAAAAUUUGAUCCUAUUUGCGGUUAUAAAUAGUACAUAAAUUAUAGUCGAAUUUAUAUGCUACUCUACGUUUUCUGGCUUAUUCCAUGCAAACAAUUUAUCGAAACGUUGAUUGCAAUUUGAUUUCAGAAUAAAGAAAUAAGGUCAAAUGUGUGCUCGCGUACAUCAUUUAAUAUGCACAUGAUUUACUCCUUUUAUUAAGUAGCGAAUUAAUUUUUGUACAUUUUGUUGUGUAAACAUUAACAUUUUUUAGAUUUUUUACCUGUAUUAUCUUGUUUGAGAAGGCAUCCAUUUACCGAUGCUUGUGAUUUACAGUCGAAGUAAAAUCUUGAUACUUUUCUUUUUGCAUGAAUUUAUUCGUUAAUCAUUACGUUCGAGUGCAAGUGCACUCUUAGAGGAUAAAGAUAGCAGAUGCAUGAUGCAUGGUGCAUUCUUCAACACAAGAUAACGGAUUAUAUAUUUUCAAAUAAAUUAUUAGGCUAUAUUCAUUAAUUAUAAUAUAUAUACUCGUAUGAUAUAAUCUGAACUUUUUUACAAAUACGUUAGCGCAAAAUUACUUUCAACUUAAUGUAUUUAAAUAUUUAAUUAAUAAAUUAUAGUUGCUCGCAUUAUACGUAAUUUUUAAGGACUUUUAUGAUUGUCAAGUUCAAUAAAAAAGCUCGA